UCAAUAUUAGCAGCGAGUAAAGUAUAACUACAAUAUAACUACAAUAUUAUUGUAGUUCUCCAUGUUUUUGGUGUUAAAUAUGACGUAUGUACAGUAGUCAUAUUCACACCAAGAUUUAUACCGUUGAAGGCUACAGAUUACAGAGUCGGCAUAGUAGUUAAUCAAGCCGUUUUAAAAUUUUUUGGGAAGAAUGCAGGUGCGGCCUCACUUUCCAGAAUACAGCAUUGCCCGCCUAGAUUUCUGCCUGAAAAUGCUUCGUUAUGCGGUGAAGACCCGGCAAUAUACGAAUAAUCUCCUCUUAUCACCCUUCUCGGCGGAAGUUGCUCUUUCGAUGGCAUAUCAUGGUUCCACUGGUAGAACAAAAAAGGAAAUUUCGCAAGUAUUGGGCCUCCAUGACGACUACGGUACGCACGAUGUCGCGCACGCAUUGCGCCAAAUCCGGCUGGACGAAACCGCGGAAAAUGAGUACAACGACCUUGUGCCCAACGAUAAUCAUGAGCUGCAUAUGGCAAACGGUGCAUUCUUCGACAAGAAUGUCUACUUAAGCAGAAACUACAUAGCAGAAAUGGAGAAGCUGUUCCAAUCUGUCAUCCAGGACAUCGAUUUCAACGACGACCAUGAUGACGCCGCUGUCCGCUAUAUAAACGAGUUCAUCGAAGCACACACUAAAGACAACGUGCACGAUCUCCUGUCGCCACUGGAUGUGCCUAAUAUUGAUGCCAAAUUCAUUUUGGUUAGCGCGUUGCAUUUAAGAGCGCGUUGGGACCAGCAGUUCGACCGCACCAAGACCAGGAUCAAACCUUUCACGACGGCAGCCGGUAUUAGCGUUCUUGUGGAUACCAUGCAUAAAAGAUUCAUUAAUUACAAGGUCCAUCUAAGUAAGGAGCUAGAUGGAGCUAUGUUCCUGGAAAUGCCUUUUACGACGGGAUACUGCAGUGCCAUAUUUAUUCUACCAGGGAAGACGCUGCCUGGGAAAUCAAAACAAGCUACCCGCGCAUCGCCCGACCAAGGACUAGCCAGUUUGAUUAGAACGCUAACGGCGGAGAAGCUUCAGCAUGCGAUGAGGAUGUUAUGCUACCAGCUGCAUGUGACAGUGCAGCUGCCGCGCUUUCAUGUGGAACAGUGCUGGGAUCUGCAGCCCAUGCUAAAGUGGCUGGGGAUGCCAACAGCAUUUGACGAGGAAAUGGCUGAUUUUUCCGAUAUCUGCCAACUCUCGCAGCUUUCCGUACAGACUCUCAAGCAGAAAGCCUGCAUCCAUCUCGAUGAAGAGGGAGUGGACGCAUCAGUAACCACUGAGGUGGUGCUUAUCAGUGGAGGUGGUUCGGGAGAGGCCGAAUUUAUUGCCGAUCGCCCCUUCCUGUUUCUUAUACGUCAUGAGGCCACCAACACAAUUAUGUUGAUGGGACAUGUGUGCGAUCCCUCUCAGUAA